GCUAGAUAUGCCUCUCGUCACGGAUCCCGAGAUCUUCGCGGCUGCAGAGUUCGACUAUGUCGUCAUCGGGGGCGGCACUGCAGGACUCGUCGUUGCAUCCAGGCUGACGGAAGAUCCAAGCAUCAAGGUCGGUGUGAUCGAAGCAGGGGAGUGGCACAAGGACGAUCCCAAGGUCAAUAUUCCUGGACUGGCUGGUCAAACAAUGGGGGAUCCGAAAUAUGAUUGGUCAUUUCUGUCUGUACCUCUGAGCGAAUGCGAGGGAAGACAAGCUUUCAUACCGAGGCGAGUAGGCAAGGGACUCGGUGGUUCUUCUAUGUUGAAUUUGCUUGGACUGAACCGUGCCUCCGCCGCUGAGUAUGAUGCCAUUGAGCAACUUGGAAACCCUGGUUGGAACUGGCAGUCGUUCCUCAAAUACAUGAAGAAGUCCGAAACAGCACUGCCGAUAUCAGCUUCCAUACCCACUCACCAAGCGAUCCCGCCGCCCUCGACGGAAUUACAUGGAACCUCUGGACCCAUCGUGAAGGCGUAUUACCCGCCGUGGUGGUCUUCCGUGCAAGAACCCUUCUUCCAAACCUUGGAAUCGUUCGGCGUCGCGGCCAACGCGGAACCGGGAAACGGGCAUAAUCUCGGUGCGUCAAAGUCAUUCGCUACCAUUGAUGCCAAGGGUAUACGGACCUACUCGGUCAACUAUCUCGAGCCUCACUUGGACAGGCCGAACCUUUCUAUCAUCACCGGCGCUCACGCGACCAGAGUCGUUCUGCGCAAGUCGGACGAUGGUCAAUCCGUACUCGCAGAAGCAGUGGAAUUCACCGUUUCCGGCAAUCAGCGACGAUACACCACUAAGAAGGUUACUAGGGAAGUCGUCCUGUCAGCUGGAACCUAUCAGACACCCCAACUCCUCGAACUUUCUGGCAUCGGGAACAAGCAAAUCUUGGAGAAAUUCGGCAUCGAAUGUCUUCUCGACCUGCCCACGGUGGGAGAAAACAUGCAGGAUCAUGUGUAUGCACUGUCCAUCCAUGAGAUCGACCCGAAGCACCUCACCCUGGAGGCGUUGUCCGAUCCUCUGGAGCUAUCGCACCAACAAGAACUCUAUAAAACGUUGCAAGGCAUGCUCGCGUCAGCGAUAGCAGUCGUAUUCGCCUAUCUACCAUCACAGACGUUCUUAUCGGCGGAUGAGCUGGUUACUGCCCACCAGGAGCGUCUAAUGUCGCAGGGCGAACAGAAGCUCCAGGAUAUCUUCCCCGGACUCCGCAAACAGCUAGAACUGCAACGAAAAUGGCUCCUAGAUGCCGCGCACGCAAAUGCAGAAUUGAUUCCGUUUCCUGGUUUCUUUCCUAUGCCUGGGCAUGUUGCGGAGGCUGGGAAACGGUAUAGCAGCAUGGUCUCCGCUCUCAUGCACCCGUUCUCUCGUGGUAGCGUACAUAUCGCGUCUGCGGAUCCUACAGUCCCUCCUGCGAUUGAUCCGGCCUACUUCACCAACCCUAUCGAUCUUCAGCUGCUGAAGGCGAUACUCAAGUUCACGCUGAAGCUCUACGACACCCCACCUUUCUCAAAUCUCGUCAAAGCACGUGUGGCGCCGCAGCUAGACUCGAAGGACGAGGCGGCACAGGACGAUGUUCUGGAGCAACACAUCAAGAGCACCGGCGGUGCAGUCUAUCAUCCCAUCGGAACGGCGAACAUGAUGCCGCGUGAGGAUGGAGGAGUGGUGGAUCCGCAGCUGAAGGUGUACGGGACGGCGAACCUGCGCGUCGUUGAUGCUUCCAUCAUUCCCAUUCAAAUUUCGUGUCAUACGCAGUCCAUCGUGUAUGCGAUAGCAGAGAGGGCUGUCGAUAUCAUCCUGGAGCAAAACUGAAUACUCAUGGCUCUCAACUUGAAGAUCGUGUUCUUUUCGAGCUAUCUGACUGUUAUCUUACCAAGCUAUUCCGGGAUGUAUGCGGCUCGCGGUGUUAUGCAUUCUUCGUCGAC